AUGAAUACUCCAAAUAAUGUAACCACUGGCCUCUAUUGCGAGAUAGACAGGUUCAGAUGCUUAAAAUGCGGGCACGAUGACUACCGCCACAGAUACCGAUGUCAAAGACAUUUGAUUGGGGAUGCUUAUUGUAGAGAGGCGAUACCCAUGAUAACGCCGGAUAGAAAUGUGUUUUGUGGAGAUUGCGCAGAAGAUACACGACUAAAAGAAAUUAUCGGCAGUGAUGAUCUGGAUAUAAGUGAUCAGGGUCGUAUGUCACCGGAACUUCUAGCAAUUCAAUAUGUACCCGCCAGCAGCAAUAUGACACAAGGAGGAACAGCGGAAACUCAGCCUGCAUCUGCCAACACUUCGCAAGCACCGCAUCCUGCCGAUCCAAAUAUGUCAUCAGGAGGGUGCAACGAGCCUAGAAGUAUACCACUUUCGCCGUUAAACCCACAAUUCUCGGCUCAUGUACCUCCAGUCCAAGAUGACGCCAUAGCACCCCUAGCGUCUCAAAAUCCCCCCUCAGCACCGCCAUCAUCGUGGAAUAGUAACAUAACCAGAGCACCACCACUAGCAUCGGAACCAACACCACCACAAACACCAACAGCAGAACCAACACCACCACCAACAGCAACAGCAACAUCGCCAUCAACAUUAGCAGCGCAACCAGCAGCGCAACCAGCAGCGCAAUCAGCAGCGCGACCAGCAGCGCGACCAGCAGUGCAACCAGCAGUGCAACCAGCAGCGGAAGAAUCAGCGGAACUAGCACCAAUACCAGCGAUAAGACACAUAGGAAUUUGGGAGAGACUUCGUAGGUGGUGCUGUGGCAGCAGUUCCGAAGAAUCCGCUGCGUAA